UUGCUGAGUUGUAAAUUAGUACAUUUGGGGCUAUAAAGUGCAUAAUUUUAGUGUGGUAACUUUCGGAGAAAUAAAAAAAAAAUGGCUUCUUCUGAUGACAGAGAUACAGUAGUGAAGAGUCUUAGACAUUUGGGGAGAAAACUAUCCAAAAAUCUAGCUUCUUCUGUUGAUAUUCUUCUUGAAUUACUUGAUAAAAUGGAGCUGUUAUUGUUAAACUUGGAUCAAAAUCCACCUGAGCCAAUUCAAGAAUCACUUGUACUUCCAAUGAAGACACUGAUUUCUGAUGAGCUUUUGAAACACACAGACGAAGAUGUUAAGAUUUCAGUCACAGCUUGCCUCACUGAGAUUGCAAGAAUCACAGCACCAAAUGAUCCUUAUGAUGAUGAAAAUAUGAAGGAAUUUUUUAAGCUUACAGUAGCAGCUUUUGAAAAUUUGUCCCAUGUAUCUGGCCGCAGAUAUGAAAAAGCACUUACCAUACUUGAAAAAAUUUCAAAGAUCAAAAUAUUCUUGAUCAUGCUGGACCUUGAGUGCGAUGACCUGGUUAUUGAGAUGUUUCAACAGUUCUUGAGAAUCAUAAGGUCAAACCAUCCAAGUAGUGUAAUUGAAUCAAUGGAGAUAGUAAUGACCGGGAUACUCGACGAAAGUGAAGACAUUUCCUCGGAUCUACUUAGGCCUUUAUUAGAUAGUGUAAGAAAGGAGAACCAGACGAUUUCACCUAUUUCUUGGACUUUGGGGGAGAAAGUAAUCACCAAUUGUGCUGUCAAACUUAAACCUUAUCUCAUGAAAGCAGUUGAAUCAUCAGGCAGAGCUCUCAAUGAGUAUGCGGAAACAAUAACUUCCAUUUGCCACAAUAAAUCUGAAUCCCCAGAACGUAAUCAUUCGAUGGCGGUUCAGGAUGUUGAGAACAAUCUUGAUAUACCUAAAGAUGCUCCUGAAGAACCCUGUGACGUGACUACAGGGGUUGAAAUGGAUAAUACUUGUGUGAGAGAUGUCCAAAUUACGGAUGAGACAAAGUCGGAUAUAAGAAGUACCAAUGCAGCUACAGUCGACGAUGAAGUUACAAAAAGUUCUGAUUCAAAAAGGAAACUACAUUCUUGUCCAACUACAAACUCCGAAAGACGGAAUGCAAAAACUAGUUCUGAAACUGGCAAUUUAGAGUCAGAUCAGGAACUGAACUCCAAAACUCAGCUGGAUACUGUGCCAAGGAAGAGGGCACGUAAGCCUAACUCCUUAAUGAAUCCCGAGGAAGGCUAUAAUCACUCUUUUGUUCAUAAGCAGUCAAGUACUAGAAAAUCAUCUCAAUCCAACAAAAAGGCUCAUGAUGACAGCUAUGCUCUUUCACCAUCUGAUAACCCUUCUUCCAGAAAGGAUAAGACGCAGUCAAAGCCUGAAACUGUCGGUGAAGCUCCAGUUUCUGAUCUUAAAAAUGUGAAGAUUGCAAAAUCGGCUAAAUCCAAAAAAACUUGUGAUAUGAGUGGUAAUGGUCCAUCUAUUGAAAGUCUUGAUUCUACCAAGAGUAUUAGACCAUCAAAUCCUGAAGGUAUGACCAAAACUCCUGAAGCUCUAGUUUCUGAUCUUAAAAAUGGGAAGAUUGCAAAACCUGCUAAAUCCAAAAAAGACUGUGAUAAAAGUAGUGAUGUUCCGUGCAUUGAAAGUCCUGAUUCUACCAAGGGUAUUAGAACGUCAAAUCCUGAAGGUAUGAGCAAAACACCAGAAGCUUUAGUUUCGGAAUCUAAACAAGGAGAGAAUAGAAAAGAUGUUCCCUUUACAAAGGAUAUCAUUCAUGAAGGAAGCUCUACCAAACAACGCCGGAGAAGGAAAAUUAGUAGCAUUGGGGAUCAAAAUGAUCACCCUAAUUCUGCGUCAAUAUUGAAGGAUGAUAAUUUGAAUCCUUCACAUAAGAAGACUUCUGUUGAAUCCCAUGGUGUUCGGAAGAAAAAUAAAUCUAAAGUACGGAAGGAUUCUGAAGAGAAACAUUUGAAGGAUGAUAAUUUGAAUCCUUCACAUAAGAAGACUUCUGUUGAAUCUCAUGGUGUUGGGAAGAAAAAUAAAUCUAAAGUAAGGAAGGAUUCUGAAGAGAAACAUGAGGCACCCGUUGGAAAAAUCAAAUUAUGUAUAAAGUUUGAUGGAAAAGUUGUCGUGCCUCCUCAAUCAAUAGUUGCUAAGGUGGAAUCUGAGGUUCUUUGUGAAGAUGAGAAGAAACACAAGUCGAGUACAAAUACUAAGGUAGAAAAUAGAGCAGAGGGAGGAUCCUCAGCUCAAAUAGAAGUCGACAAAAGGAAAAGAAAAACUUCUACUUCUGAUAAAGGUGUCAACAAAUCAUCUGCUAAGAAGGCACAAGAAUCUGAAGACCUUGGUAACUCAUUGGUUGGUAAAAGGAUCAAGGUCUGGUGGCCAUUAGACAAGACAUAUUAUGAAGGUGCUGUCAGUGCUUAUGAUCAUGUCAACGGAAAGCACAAGGUGUUGUAUGACGAUGGCGUUGAGGAACAGAUAAAUCUCAAGAAACAUCGCUGGGAACUAGCUGAUGUUAAUGUUUCACCAGAUAAGGGCAGAAAAAAACGUAGAAAAAGCCAAGUUGAAGUCUCUUAAAGGUGAAAAGAUCCCUAUCCAGAUCUGAUUUGGUUGAUGAUUUCAUGGAUGAUCCACCUAUAUCACCAAAAGAAUGAAGAGUGAUUCACACACCAAAAAGUAGAUAGGUCUAUAGGAAAUGUAUCAAACUUUAUGGUACUUUCUGUUAGAAUGGAGAAAUAUAUACAUAAUGUGCAUAUAUAUUGGAACAUGUGAAUGUUAACGUAGGAUCCUGUUUGAAGACUUAUUAGAGAAAUUUUGAUGCAGUCAGAGAUUGUCUAUUUAAUGAUGAAAUGAAAAUCAACUUCUAUAA